AUGGAGCAUGAAAUUAGACAACUCGAGAAAGUUCUGAAUCGAAUCUUGAAUAUCCCAAAGAGACAAAGAACAGAUAUAGCAAUCCAUCCCAUUGAAGUCAAAGACAAUAUCUUUAUAAAGCCGCAGAUGUCUCUGGAUAAUAACCUUAUAAUUGAGGAAAACUCACAACUUCAAAAGAGAAUAAAGGAAUUAAGUGAAAGGGUGUUUGAACUUGAAGCACAGCUAGAAGACUACAAAUCACAAGUUCAUAACCUAAACGUUGUUAAUUUUCAAUUAACAACCAACGAAAAAGUUCUUAGAGAGGCCGUCCUGCAAGCAAAGGGAGCAAUAAGAGUAGUAUGUAGGAUAAAACCAACUCAAGGUAAUUGUCACAUUCGGUUUGAUGAUAAAAAUAUAUUUGUUGAAGAUAAACAGUACUCUUUAAAUCAUGUGUUUGGUUCAAGCUCUUCGCAAAAUGAAAUUUUUAGAGAAGUUGAGCCUGAAAUUGAAAGCGUAUUAGAAGGAUAUAGUGUAUGCAUAUUUGCCUAUGGUCAAACAGGUAGUGGAAAGACCUAUACAAUGUGUGGAGAAGGAUUAGAGGAGGGUUUAAUAUUUAAAUCGCUGGAUAAGAUCAAAGAUAUUUCAAAUCGAUUCAGAAAUGAGGGUUUUACUGUUAAGUAUAUUGUUAAAUACAUUGAAGUUUAUAAUGAAAAUGUCAGAGAUUUAAUUUCGGACAAAGCUGUUACAAUCGUACACGAUACACAUUCCAUAAAACUUAAAGAUUGUGAAGAAGUAUCAGCUGAUGAUAUUGAUCUUAUUUCAAGUAUAAUUAAGCAAUAUAGUCUGAAAAGAAAGACAGGAGAGACAAAUUGCAAUGUAAGUUCAAGCAGGAGCCAUUCUAUAUUUAUUCUCAAUGUACUUAUUGAAUCAAAGAAUGAAAAAAGGCAAGGAUCAUUGUGUUUGAUUGAUUUGGCAGGCUCUGAGAGAUUAAAAGAAAGCAAAGCCGAGAAUGAAAGACUCAAAGAAACCCAGUUUAUAAAUAAAAGCCUGAGUGCGCUUGGAAAUGUGAUGGCAGCAUUAAAAAGAAAAGACAAACACGUUCCAUUUAGGGAUUCUAAACUUACCCAUAUAAUGCAGGAGUAUUUGUCUGGAAGAUCUAGGACUUCUAUGAUUGUUAACAUUAAUCCGGAGUGUAUUGAAGAGACCAUUUGCACUCUUAGAUUUGCUAUAAAAGUCAGCGAGUGUAGUUUAGGCGGUGCCAGCAAAAAUAUUAACAAAUUUAUCUGA